GUGUCAAACUUACGGAACUUACUGACCGUACACCCCACCACUAGCAGGGCUGUCCAGUUGCUUUUGGAUUUCAUAUAAAAGUCCAGGCGACCACGAUAGUGAUAUCAGUCACCUGCUCUGAUUAAUACAGCAAAAUGUUCUCCAAAAUCGUCGCCAUUAGCGCCGUGUUGGCAGCCGUCAACGCUGGUUUGCUUCCAGUGCACCACGGAGCCGUGUCUUCCCAAAGCAUCGUACGCCACGACACCCCAGUACACUAUGGAGCUUCAUACUAUGCCGCCCCCGUAGUUCACGCCGCCCCCAUCGUCCACGCUCCAGUUGUACACGCUCCCGUCGUCCAUGCUGCCCCAGUACAUGCUGUACAUGCUGAAUACUCUCACCCAAGAUACGACUACUCGUACUCCGUUGCUGACCCACACACCGGCGACCACAAGUCCCAGCACGAGAGCCGCGAUGGUGGUGCUGUCCAUGGAUCCUACUCCCUUGUUGAACCUGAUGGUUCAGUCCGCAAAGUUGAUUACACCGCUGACGACCACCAUGGCUUCAACGCGGUGGUGCACAAAACCCCUGGCCACCACCCUGCCCCGGUGGUCCACGCUGCUCCCGUGGUGCACGCUGCCCCCAUCCACUACGCUCCCCUCGCUCAUGGCCAUCACGGUCUCCAUUACUAAACGAAUUAACUAGGUUGUGAUCGCGUUGAAUGAAUGAGUUGUGAUAUUUAUGUGUAUAGAACUACUGUGUGAAUACUCUUGUAAAUAAAUAUACAAUUUACUGAUCAGUA